AUGUUGGGGAAGGGAAAAAGCAGAUUAGUUAACAAAACCCGCGCAUCACUAAGAUAUAGUUAUCAACACCAUAUGCACGACGCUGAUUGGUUUUUGAAAGCAGAUGACGACACUUACGUUAUCAUGGAAAAUCUCCGCUAUUUUCCGUCCAAGUUAAAUCCCUCGGAUCCUCAUUAUAUCGGAAGGAUGUUUACUUCGUAUUGCGGACUGGGGAUACAACAAUGGAGGGGCCGGCUACGUUUUCAGCCGCGAAAGACGCGAAACGUUAAGAAUAUUCAAGAAAGCGCUGGACGAGGGUGGAUGCCCACGAGAAGGCGGGUGAAGACACAUUUAUAGGAAAAUGUCUUAAAUCUCAGGGUGCGAAACCCGUAA